AUGCCCCCAGCCUACUCUUUAUUUCUUUUUUUCUUUCUAUUAUUUCAUUUAUUCCCUUUUCUUUUUCUCCACUCCUUUUGUUUCAUUUAUUCCUUUUUUCUUUCUUUCUUUCUUUCUUUCUUUCUUUCUUUCUUUCUUUCUUUCUAUUAUUUCAUUUAUUCCUUUUCUUUUUCUUCAUUCCUUUUGUUUCAUUUAUUCCUUUUUCUUUCUUUCUUUCUUUCUUUCUUUCUUUCUUUCUUCACUUUUCUUUCUUCACUUUUCUUUCUUUCUUUGUAUUAUUUCAUUUAUUCCUUUUUCUUUCUUUUAUUCCCUUCUCUUUCUUUCUUUCUUUAUUUUUUCUUUCUAUUAUUUCAUUUAUUCCCUUUUCUUUUUAUUCACUCCUUUUGUUUCAUUUAUUCCCUUUUCAUUCUUUCUUACUUUCUUUCUAUUAUUUCAUUUAUUCCUUUUUCUUUGUUUCUUUGUUUCUUUCUUUAUUCACCUUUCUUUCUUUCUUUCUUUCUUUCGUUCUUUCUUUCUUUCUUUGUAUUAUUUCAUUUAUUACUUUUUCUUUCUUUUAUUCCCUUCUCUUUCUUUCUUUCUUUUAUUCUCUUUCUUUCUUUCUUUCUUUCUUUCUUUCUUUCUUUCUUUCUUUUAUUUCAUUUAUUCUCUUUUCUUUCUUUUAUUCCUUUCUCUUUCUUUCUUUUUUACUUUCUUUCUAUUAUUUCAUAUAUUCCCUUUUCUUUUUCAUUUAUUCACUUCUCUUUCUUUUUUCUUUCUCUUAUUUCAUUUAUUCCUUUUUCGUUAUUCCCUUCUUUUAUUUUCUUCAUUCCUUUUGUUUCAUUUAUUCUCUUUUCUUUCUUUCUUUCUUUCUUUCUUUCUUUCUUUCUUUCUUUCUUUCUUUCUUCUUCUAUGAUUCAAAAAUACAUUUUUCUUUUUUCUUCACUCCUUUCAUUUCACUUAUUCACUUUUCUUUCAUUUAUUCCCUUCUCUUUCUUUCUUUCUUUCUUUCUUCUUCCCUUUUCUUUUUCUUUUAUUCCCUUCUCUUAUUUUCUUCACUCCUUUUGUUUCAUUUCUUCUUCUUCUUCUUCUUCUUCUUCUUCUUCUUCUUCUUUUUCUUCUUCUUCUUCUUCUUCUUCUGCUGCUAUGUAUAUAUUUACAUUAAAUAUUGAUCUAUCUAUCUAUCUAUCUAUCUAUCUAUCUAUCUAUCUAUCUAUCUAUCUAUCUAUCUAUCUGUUGUAUCUUGUGUUUUUGAGAUAA